AUGAAUCAGCAAGAUCGUAAGCGUGCCUUCGGCAAAGCGUUCAAUGGGACUUCCAAUCUCUCUAGCCACCCACAUCGCAAGGCACUAUGCAGUGUCGUUGCCUCGGCCGUUGCCUCAACGCCACAGAUCUUCUAUACGCCCGCAUUCUCGUUUGGAUCCGAUAAAGAGAAUGUUAUACAAUUCUUUUCUAUUCAGGACGAGUCUAACAAGCCCUCCGACGAUCUCAGGAAUCAUCUUCCACUUGCUCCACGCAUCUCAUCCCUUCGAAGUCUAUCCGAGCUACAACUUGGUAGCAAUGGCUUUGAACGAAGCUACACUACCUCUGAAGACCACGACUCAGGUUCUUUUCCUGGACAGGUAUUGGAGGCAUAUCCACCCGCGCCUGGUCUGGUCAUCUUCGAGGACCCAGACACUGCUGCUAUACCUAGUCCGGUCAGCCACAUUGGUCCACUCACUCCGAGUGCGCUUCACUUCCAGAGUCUAUCUCUAUUGGAUCCUCCUCGUAGGCAUCUCCCGGAUCUAACGUUGCAGUCGGCUAUCGAUAUCAAUGCGACCCGUACAAGUGUCUUUGUUAUGCAAUCAAUCGAUCUUCGGUACUGUUUUUCUCAUAUUCUGAAGGACGAUGUAAUGAUUUUCUUCGAUAAGGGUAAGCAAGUUAUGAAGAUUGACAAGUACCUUUUGUGCACUGAGUCUCGCUUCUUUGCACCGAUGUUAGACGGUCCAUCUGUCGAGGGUCAAACAUGCUGCAUCCGCGUUCGCGAUGACUUCCCCUACGCCAUUGCAGCGAUGAUAUGUUACAUAGAAGACGGCAUCUAUACCUUCAAUCCCAAUAUGCGACUCGAAUACGCCAACAUUACACUUUUGGAUCUUCACGUUCACGCCUACAUCGUCGGAAAUAAGUACGACGUGGCCAAGCUAUGUGAUCACGCGAUCGGAGAGUAUAUCAACAUCGCCAGAAUGGUUCUCAGUAUGGGCAUCACCCCCGGCGAAGACCCCACUGACUUCUCCGACCAUACCGUCAAUGGCGAUCACAAGUACCCAGAUGCCAGUCCUGUAUCAUCGGUCCUGAACUCCUUCCUUGACUCCUUGGUUCUCAUCUGGCGCAACACCUUGGAUGUGACUGACAUGUUGCGCCAGGCUGUUCUCGAACUGCUAAAGCCUCAUAUCAACCAACUCAUGCGCUUGAAGUUCUUCCAGGUAUUGAUGAUGGAAAUGGUGGGCUUUGGUGACGAUCUCAUGCAUAGCCUAGCUGAGGAUGGGUUCGACAUCCAGGCCUUUCCUGUGGCGGGCGGGUUGCAGCAGAAGAUUCGCGUCAAGUUUGGUAGCGUCUGGAACAUGGCAGGAGUAUGCUGA